CAAUUGACUGUCCCUACCAGAAUUAACUCUCUCUCUCUCUCCAAAAGAGUCUUUAAAGUGAGUUUAUAGUUGGACACAAACGAGUUCUCACUCUAAUGGCAUGCUUAGAAAUGUACAACUCCAAUGGUGGUGGUGCGAGUCCUAGAAUCUCUUUCUCUAAUGAUUUCGUUGAGAUAAGGCCUGAGACGACGAAGACGCCGAGAUCAAGCCCUCUCUCCAAACAAGAGGGUUCUUCUUCACCUUCUGAAAAUUUCGAGUUCUCUGUCUCCAACUACACAAUGAUGCCUGCUGAUGAACUUUUCUCUAAAGGAAAGCUGCUGCCUUACAAGGAGAUUAAUCAAGGCCAGAGAACAUUGAGAGAAGAGCUUCUCGUUGACGAUGACGAAGAAGAAAGUCCUCGUGAUGCAACCAACAUCUUCUCUCUCAAGCCACCGGUCUUCUCAUCUUCUUCUUCCUCUAAGGGAAGGUGGAAAGGGCUUCUGGGCCUUAAGAGGGCCCAUGUUGGGGCUAAGAACAAUGAAGAACGAUUUGUUCAUAUGAUCAACAAGAAACAAUCUCAGGAAGCAAUGAAUGGAAGAGAAGGGUCAAGUUGCAAGGAAUUGAAGAAGAGUAUGUAGAGCUUAUUAAAAACAAAAAAGCUUUCACUUUAGCUAGAAACAUGUUUGCUUUCAGAUUUUUAAUAUGUUACAUUUAUGUUAAGCUUAGAUCUUGAAAGUCAUUUAAAAACCUAAAAAAUCAGGCACUUGUGUGUUA